GUUUGUUUACUGUGAGGCAAUGGCGGCGAGGCGGGGGCUGCGGGGGGCGCUGUGCCUGCUGCAGCACUACAGCUCGGACAGUGACGGGGACUCGGGCUACACCAGCGAGGACGACAGGAAGAGGAAGCAAGAGUUCACCAGUCCACAUGAAAGGAAGAAGAAGAAGAGGCGGCGAGGAGAGGAGGAGGAAGACAUGGUGGUGGACACUCCUUUCUCCUCCUCUUCUUCCUCUUCCUCCUCUUCCUCCUCCUCCUCCUCCUCCUCUUCCUCUUCCUCUUCCUCCUCCUCCUCCACUCAGGCAGCUUCCCAGGGCAUGUGUGAGCAGGAGCGUGGUGCCUCGGCCGCCCCCCGCUCCCACCCCCCACACAGGAACAUCCCUCUGCCGGCCGACCUGCUGGCGGGGCGGGAGGGGGCGCAGCACACAGAUGACCCGCAGCAGCACCAGGGUCGCCUCAGGAGCUUCCCACAUGAGCGAGGCAACUGGGCGUCCAUCUUGUAUAUCCCUUUACACCUUGGCAUCUAUGGUCCAAGUUUCUCCUCCCUGGUGAGUUCGCUUGUGUCCACCUGCCGCCAGCACAGCCUCUCCCUCACCCCCUCCUCUGACCUCCACGUGUCCAUCUCCCGCACCCUUGUCCUGCAGCUCCACUGGAUCCACCCACUCACUGAGGACCUACGCAGGACUCUCGGAUAUAAAGCAAGGUUUUCACUGUGGCUGCACGGGCUGAGUGUGUACGUGAACGAGGAACACACCCGCACAUUCCUGGGGCUGCGUGUGUGUCAGGGGCGGGCAGAGCUGGACGAGCUGGUGGCGGAUGCUGACAAGUGCUUCUCCGAGUACAGACUGCCUCCGUUCUAUAAGGACGGCUCAUACCACGCCAGCAUUGCGUGGUGUGUGGGGGAUGUGUCGGAGCAGCUGCGUCGCCUCCUUCCACAGCUGGAGAACCUGUGUAGCCAAUACUUCGCUGUGGAGACUGAAAUGCGGACCUUUGACAUCUCCACUCUCCUCUUUAAAUCGGGACACCGGCUCCAUACUUUACACCUUAGAUCUCUAGAAUAACAAUCGUACAUACACACACACAUGCACACUCAUACACACACACACACACACACACACACACACACACUAGUUCUUGUUUGCUGAGGAGUAAGAAAGCUGGUAGUAUGUUUGUUGUUUUGUAAGGUUUUUGUGUGUGUGUGUGUGUGUCUGAGUUCAUGUAUCUGUUUUUUGUCUUCUUGUGUGUGUUUGUAGGGUUGGAAUGAGUGUGUGUGUGUGUGUGUUCUGUAUAGUGUUUCCUUUCAACUACAUCCACCAAACACACACACACACACACACACACACACACACACACACACACA